GCUACGUAGCUAAUGAGCCCAAUACAACAUCCUGAAGUGAAGGCAUCUGUCUGAACUUGGAGCUCGAGCCCUGGAAAUAAAAAAAAGCUAGAAAAGUAAGAAUAUUUGUAUAUUUUGCUUUGUCUCUUACAUAUAUCCGUACACACUACACAGUGUAGGUAGGGGGAGGCAACCAAACAUAAGGCUGUUUAUAAGUCAGCGUUCUCCUUUACUGUAUCGUCAGUCAGCUAGAUAACGCUCUCCUCAUUAUUACACUCAGUCUGAAACAUGGCCACAGACGAGCUCUCGUCCAAGCUCAGCCGCCGGCUCCAGAUAGAAGAAGGAGCGGAGGAGCCUGUUGCUGUGGACCACUUCGGAACCCAGGAUAGUUCGGAAGACAAACCGAGUACAGCCAACGCAGACUCGGAGCUCGGCGCGAAGCUACAGCGAAGAGAGGAGCUGAACGAGGGGCAGGGGGAACACCAGCAGCCCAGCAUGAAGGUGUUAAACCCCUACACCGAGUUCAAAGAGUUCUCCCGGGGCCAGAUCAAGGACAUGGAGAAGAUGUUCAAAACGUUUGAUGCUGGGAAAGACAACUACAUUGACCUGAUGGAGCUGAAGCUGAUGAUGGAGAAGCUGGGAGCUCCACAGACUCACCUGGGCCUGAAGAACAUGAUCAAGGAGGUGGACGAGGACCUGGACAACAAGCUCAGCUUCAGAGAGUUCCUCCUCAUCUUCCGGAAGUCCGCAGCAGGAGAGCUGGCGGAGGACAGCGGGCUCUGUGUCCUCGCUCGCCUCUCUGAGAUCGACGUCUCCACAGAGGGGGUGAAAGGAGCCAAGACCUUCUUUGAAGCCAAAGUCCAGGCCAUCAGUGAGUCCAACCGGUUUGAGACGGAGAUCCGUCAGGAGCAGGAGGAGAAGAAGAAGCAGCUGGAGGAGCAGAAAGUGAGACGUGCUGCCUUCAAGGACCUGCAGUCAGCCUUCAAGUGAUCCAGGAGCGGUGGCUCUGUGUCUCAUGCGGUCAGUCUGUUGUGUUUGAAUGCUCCAUGUGUGUCAGACAGUGCUGAUCCAGAGUCAAAGUGACUCACACACAUUGGUCACUAGUCUACCAUACCAUGAACUGGGUACUUUCUGAAAAUCAGAAGAAGAAGAAUAAUUGAUUGAUAUAAUUGUGUGUUUAUUUAGCUCCGCUUCUCAGUAACUUUCUCAAACAUGGAAAAUAAAUGUUUAGUGCAAAUCUAGCAGGACUGCCAUGAAUGAGAGCAGUCUGUGCUGGGCUCAAUGAAGGAGGGGUUUAAAGUACCUGUCAUCCUCCACUGUGCACUUUGUGUUCACCGGUCACAGGGCUCCAGUGAAAGCGGUUGGAAUGAUUAUCAACUGGAUAGCUUUUUAACAUAAUCCUGCCUGUUAGUAAAGGAACUGCUGUGCAGUGUUUGGUGUCUAAUAAACCUUCUCUCAUGGAUGUAUUCAUCCAGUUGGCCUUCCCGACACAAAACACACACUCACACCAACAAAGUGACAAUGUGAUGACCCAGUGUUCAGUUCUGAGUGUGUGUAGACUAGUGAUGAAUGCCCUUGUUCUGCUGCCCUGCCUACAUGUGUAUGUAAUAUGUCUUUGUAUAUGACCUUGUUGGACUACUUUCUAUUUGACUCAUUCCUCAGUGACACCUGUCACACACCAUUAAGAUAGUGUUCAAUGUUAAAUGAAUAACUGAGCUGCACAUUUUUACUGUCAGCUCUGUAUUUUUCUAUUAGGGGUUAGAUGGGUAUUUAGUAUGUUAUUCAGGCUGAUUGUGGUGUGCUAUUGUUCAGCACCUUGUUUUGCAGGAGCUCUGUAACUUAAAUAAGUGUGUUUCCUAUCUCGUUCCACUCACUAUUCCUCUCCCUCAGCUCAGUUAACAAUCAAUUCACCUGCUGAGAUCUGGAGCUGUACUGUCUUAUUGGGACUUUGUGCAAACCACAUGAGCCAUCGGAUCAAUGACAAUCAGAUCAUUGAGAAUCCCAUCAGUCAAAAAAGAAAAGUUACUUUAUCUUCUCCAAGAUCAUCCAAUCUCUGUUUUUAAAUUGAAACCAGCCUUGAGAAAGUGCUCAUCUUAAUUACUGCUCUCACUUCUUCUUGUGAAAUUCUGCUUUUGUAUUGAUUGAAAGACUCUUUUUUUGGUUGUAUAAAUAUGACCGAAAGCAGGUUCAGACCUUCUUUUCACAGUGUUUGAGACUUCAUAAAGCUGAACAAAGUGAUGGGGGAGCGGGACCAUCCAACAACUGUUUAUGGGAUCUUAACAAAACUUGAAUUUUAUCAGCGGUAUUAAAAAAAGUGAGUUACUGUCGUUUUCCUGCUAACUCUCAUCCUUUGCAAAUACUUGUUUUCAUUGACGGCAACCGUGUUUUCAAUUUGAUCUUGCUUAUUUGUAAUAUAAAUGUUUAUCCCUGUUGGCCAUCUGACCCAGGGCGGGGGCCUUUCAACAUUUCUAUUUUGUGGCUGUUUAUUAAGCGCCUCCAUCAAUCCAAUUAGACUCGUAUUGAAUGGGAAGCAUAAUAACAUUUCAACUGAAACAAAAUGAUGUAAACAAGUCUUUCAUUAUUCUGUCUCCUUAAAUAGUCAUCAUGCUGAGGACUAUGCCAACACUGUAUUAUUAAGCAGUAGGGAACAAAAGCUUUCAUUCAUUUCAAACUCUUUAUUAAACAUCGCCAAAAUAGAAAAAAACCACAGUGCUCUGAAGUUCUGACAAGAGGGCUAGGCUCUCUUGGGUGGGGAAGACAAACGUUUUAUAAAGAAGAGAAGGACAUUCUAAAAACAUGGACACCUCUUCAUGUCACACACAGACUGCUUACACCUGAAGGGGGAGCCAAUAAACUGACCGGGGCAGAUACAAAGUAUGACCACUAGGUGGCUCCUCUGACCAUGUGAAGAAGGAAGAACAAAAUCAGUCUCUUCCUACUGAUUUACCCUCAUUUCCUAAAUAUUCAAAAGAAUCAUGUUUUUUUGGAAAAAUAAAAAAAAUUCAUUUCUUUAUUAUUUACAAAUAUUUUAUCGCUGUGUCUUCUCAUGUAGUUAUGUACAGGAUUAUGCCAACACUGUAAUAUAUAUAGGGAUUAUUCUCCAGCAUCAUCCUUCUAUGUUCCUAUUGUUACCAGAGAAGUGCCAAAGGUUGAACUAAAGUCAAUGUGCCCAGUUGUACUCUCCUGAAACAGAAAUCAUAUGAAUUGUAGUACGGUUAGCUUUCAGCCAUGGUCAGGUCAAUGUAUUGUUGGUACAGCAUUCCCUCACAAUACUCCUACAAUCAUUUGAAGUCCAUCAGUGGCCUGGAUGUCUUUUUCUGCUGGGGACAUGUUUCCAGCUGCUCAUGUAGCUAUGAAAGUUAACUCACCUAAAUAUCUGACAGAAAGUCAAUGUUCACUGUGACAAUCUAAAAUCUGUGCUGGGAGUGAUCAAUACCAGGGUACGGUUUGAUUACGUUUUUCCUUACUUUGUUGUAAUAUGUACAUUGGUACUGUCUUGUAUGCUGAUCAGAUAAUAAAAAACGGUAUUGCUCCAUCA